CAAAAAAUAAGAAAGAAGAAAAGAAAACAUUUUGAUUGUGGUUGCUUGCUUGCUGCAUCUGCAAUGAUGAUAUGUUGUUUUUAGAAGAAAAGCUUGGAAACAUAUAAUUUUGUAAUUAACAAUUGAUCUUCGACAACAUAACAUCGCCCUUAAAUAUGUCCCAAAAUUCGGAAAAACCGUCGAGUCAGGAUGCUGCCGAUCCUACUGGGCCGGCAGGUCGGAAAGGUGUUCUUAUAUCGUUCAGGACUGGGAAAACCAUGGAAAUACCUGAGAAAGACAUACUUGGACGAUGUCGAUUUGUGGGUGAAUUUGAAAAGCUGAACCGCAUUGGUGAAGGCACAUAUGGCAUUGUAUACAGAGCUAAGGACAAGUUGAGUAACAAUAUAGUAGCUUUGAAAAAGGUGAGAAUGGAUGUUGAAAAAGAUGGGCUGCCUCUGAGUGGACUCCGGGAAAUCCAAGUUCUCAUGUCGUGUAUGCAUGAAAAUAUUGUACAGCUGAAGGAAGUUCUUGUUGGAAGAUCCCUCGAAAGUAUUUUUCUUUCCAUGGAGUAUUGCGAACAGGACCUGGCAUCAUUGUUGGACAACAUGUCAUCUCCAUUUACUGAAUCGCAAGUGAAAUGUCUUAUGCUGCAAGUGCUAAAGGGUCUGAAGUAUUUGCACUCCAACUUUAUAGUGCAUAGAGACUUGAAAGUCUCGAAUUUACUGCUUACAGAUAAAGGCUGUGUCAAAAUAGCGGACUUCGGUCUGGCGCGGUGGCUGGGCGCGGCGGCGCGCGUGGCCACGCCGCGCGUGGUGACGCUGUGGUACCGCGCGCCCGAGCUGCUGCUGCAGGCGCCGCGUCAGACGCCCGCGCUCGACAUGUGGGCCGCCGGCUGCAUCCUCGGCGAGCUGCUGGCCAACAAGCCGCUGCUGCCCGGCCGCACCGAGAUCGAGCAGCUCGAGCUCAUCGUCGACCUGCUAGGUACCCCCUCGGACGCGAUCUGGCCGGAGUUCAGUUCUCUGCCAGCAUUGCAAAACUUCACGUUGAAACAGCAGCCGUACAACAACCUGAAGCAGCGGUUCCCGUGGCUGUCGGCCGCCGGCCUGAGACUCCUCAACUUCCUGUUCAUGUACGACCCCAACAAGCGGGCCACGGCGGAGGAGUGUUUACAGAGCUCAUAUUUCAAGGAGCAACCUUUGCCCUGUGACCCGAAGUUAAUGCCAAGUUUCCCACAACACCGCAACAUGAAGGGCCAGCAGAAGAGCUCGUCGAACCAGCUCAACAUCCCGCUGUCGAACCUCAACACCGGCGCCAACGACCAGACCAACAAUCUGCCAGCCAUUUCAGACCUUCUCGGCUCGCUAGUCAAGAAACGGAGGCUAGAUUAACACUAUUAAGUAGGUGUACUAAUUGUUUUAGUCUUAUGCCGCGACCCAAUUGUUCCGUCGUGCUCCAUUGCGAUGUAGUAGCUUGUUGCCGCUCCGUUGUUUUACAUAGGUUUAACGUUAACGUGCGUUUACAUACGCCGAAACAACAUAUAAUUUCUGUUCUGGUCCGAUGACGGACGUCAACGCAACGAAUAACGACGAUGUAGUGGAGCUGGGCACUUAAGGUCAUAGCACACUUCUAGCGCACCGCUCUCAUCCAGCAAUAAGACUUUCAUUGAAAAGUAAGCUUUAAUGCGUACUUAAUCUCUAGACAUAGUUUACAUUGAUAACAGAUUAGUGGACUGCUCGCUUUUUGCUCUUUUUUUUCUAUAUAAAGUAUAUCUACAGAUGACGAGUUAAACCGUACUUUUCGAUGAACGUUAUAUUGUCGGAUGGGAGCAGUGUGGUAAAGUGUACAAUGUUCAAUGUGUUGGGUCUCGUGGUGACAUGUUUCUAUAAAGCCUGCAUUCUGUCUGCAUAAGCGGCUUUAAUAUGUGAUAUGUAAGAGACCACUUUUUAUUCUGAGCAUGCCAGAUAUGUCAUUAUCGAAUGUUUAACCAUUUUGACUAACCAUUUCCAAAUUCCACUGACGGAUGGUGAUGCGAUCUAUAUGGGUGUGCGUUUAAGAUUAUACAUUCGUUUGACAACAUCUGGCAAUCACGAAUCACCUUGACAAUUUAGAUUUUAUGUCUUAGGUUAUAAGGAUCCAAUUGAAAAUACACUGUCUUAAGAA